AUGUUAAGCCUUCAACCCUUUUCUGAGUCAAUUCUACCUUCCUUCUUUCCAAUUCUCUUUCAUCGACCACUUUUUCUCUUUUCCAUUUUUAUACCCAAAUCAACAAUUCUACUUUUUCUCUAUCUCUUUCUUCACGAUACUUCUUCAUCGACAUCUUUUUUUUUUUCAAUGUUAAGCCUUCAACCCUUUUCUGAGUCAAUUCUUCCUUCCUUCUUUUUUCUUUCCAAUUCUCUUUCAUCGACCACUUUUUCUCUUUUCCAAUUUUAUGCCCUCAUCAAAAAUUCUAUUUUUCUCUCUUUCUUCACGAUUCCUCUUCAUCGACAUCUUUUUUUUCAAUCCUUCAACCCUUUUCUGAGUCAAUUCUACCUUCCUUCUUUCCAAUUCUCUUUCAUCGACCACUUUUUCUUUUUCCAUUUUUAUACCCAAAUCAACAUAUCUACUUUUUUUUCCUUCAACCCCUUUCUGAGUCAAUUCUACCUUCCUUCUUUCCAAUUCUCUUUCAUCGAAUACUUUUUCUCUUUUCCAUUUUUAUACACAAAUCAACAUAUCUACUUUUUUUUUUGUCUCUUUCUUUCACGAUUCUUCUUCAUCGACAUCUUUUUUUCAAUGUUAAGCCUUCAACCCUUUUCUGAGUCAAUUUACCUUCCUUCUUUCCAAUUCUCUUUCAUCGACCACUUUUUUCUCUUUUCCAUUUUUAUACCCAAAUCAACAAUUCUUUUUUUUUUCUUUUUUCUUCACGAUUCCUCUUCAUCGACAUCUUUUUUUCUUUCAAUGUUAAGCCUUCAACCCUUUUCUGAGUCAAUUCUACCUUCCUUCUUUCCAAUUCUCUUUCAUCGACCACUUUUUCUCUUUUCCAUUUUUAUACCCUAA